AUGGUUAGAGAUUCAGAUCUUGAUUUAGAAGAGCUGGAAUUUCUAGAAAUGAUUAGAGAUAAGUUGAGUAAAUUCUUUUUUGAAAUUGACAGAAAUAUUGAAAGUGUUGACGAGUUUUACAAUACAAAAUUUAAAGAGUAUGAUAGAAGGUUAAUCAAAAUUGUUCAAGUUUUAGACUACAAGGAUAAUGUAGUUAACCAUAAAGUCGAAAGCAAAGAAGAGUUGGAUGAGAUUAUUAAUAUACUAAUUGAACUAAGAGUUCUUUUCCGUAAUUUGAAGUGGUUUGGCGAGUUGAAUCAUCGUGGAUUCAUCAAGAUUUUGAAAAAAUUGGACAAAAAAUUAACUUCAAUAUUGAAUGAAGGCAACGUGAGUGGGGAAUUGUCAAAUAACAACAAGGAAGCUUAUUUGACCACAAGGAUUGACGCAUUACCUUUUGCUAAUGAAUCCGAAUUGAGUAAUAAGUUGGAUAUCAUAUACAAAUUAUUGUCACAGUUGGGUACAAUCACCACAAUGACUAAUGAAGUUAGAUUGGAAACAUUGCAUAUAGAUGAUCAUUCGGAUAAGUUAGCUGACAUCUUACUCCGAGAUGACUCAGAAGCACUCGUGUCUUUUUUGGCUGAAAAGAGUAAGAAAUUCAAUAUAUCAUUACUAAAUAAAGCAACCAUGGCUAAUGCCACAAAGUGUAUUGAUAUAACUUGGCAAAAAUUGGGUAGUUUACACAAUGAAAAGGAUAUAAAUGGUCGAAACUUUUUCCACCAGCAUGUUAUUAGUUUGGGUAAGGAACAAUUUAAAGAAGAACAAGUUCUUCGCCCUGGAGAUUCACCAAAUUGGUUAAUUGGAAGUAGUAACGGAGCAGAUAACAAUAACAUUAACAACACUAGUGGUCUAUUAUACAUUCUUAGCCAAUUAGAGUCCAGGUCUUUACUAACUGCAAAAGAUCAUUAUGAUCGUACCCCGUUGCAUUACGCUGCUCAAUAUGGAUUGGUUAAAGUUACUACUAUUUUACUUGAGUAUUGUACAAAAUGGGACUUGAUAGAUUUGAGUAUUUCAAUUGACAACAUUGAUGUGUGGGGAGAUCAAGAAGGGUUUUCUCCGUUGCAUUUAUCAAUUAUUGGCAAACAUCCAAAGACAACUGAAGCUUUGAUAAAGUUCAAUAGUCCAAAGACUUUAACGUGUCCCGAUUUACUACUUUUAUCAGUUCGAUUAAACUCUAGUCGGAUUUUGAGUUCAUUGAUUAAUGAUGGAAAGAUUGAUAUCAAUUAUACUGAUGUGAAACAUAGAAAUGAAACAGCUUUGUAUAUUGCUUCAAAAAUGAAUUUGCCAAACUUGGUGGAGUUUUUAUUGGAAUCUAAUGCAGAUACUCACAUUGGUGAAUUGGUAUUUGGAUGGACUCCAAUUUUUAUUGCGGCUUGUGAAGGUUUUACCACGAUUAUUAAACUUUUAAAAGAGUUUGAUGCGAAUUAUGACAUUGUUGAUGAUAGUGGCUGGCUACCAAUGGAACAUGCAUGUCUUCGGGGUCAUUUAGAAGUUGCCGACUUACUCAAACCGAAAAAUGAUAAAUUGUUACUUUAUGACAUAUAUCAUCCUGAAAACAAUGUUGUUCGGAUUCCAAGUGAAGCAGCAAGUCCUGUCUUAAUGGCAACUAGUAGUAGUGGCGAGGAUAUUUCUAGUGUGAAUAAAUUGCCACAAGCACAUAAAAAUGCAGUUAAUGAAUUUUACAAACAGUUGAAAAAUUCGUCAUCCAACAAUGUGUCAAGAUCAACAUCGCCAAAGAGAAGAAAGAAAUAUAAACCCGUUAAAUCAUUUGGUCACAGGUAUUUGAAUGAAGACGAAAGUUUGAUAUUGGUCACUUUAGGAACAACAGAUUUGAGAGAUGAUAGUAUCCCUGUUGAAUUGAACAAGAUUUCCCUUGCGCAUAGUUUUGCUACUGAGUUGGAUACUGCAUUAUCCUUAUCAAUAACGUGUCGUCACAAACUAACUAACCAAGCUGUUGAGCCAUCAGUUAUCGUUGAUUUACCAUUGGAGGAUUAUCACGGCAGUGCUACCGAUCCCAUAUCAUUCAAAUUGACCAAUAAUUUAUCGAUUGAUGAUGUUAUCAUCACUUUUGACUUGAUACCUACUUAUCAAGUUAACAAAACGGUAUUAGGUAGAGCUAUUGCGCUUUUGAAAGAUGCAUAUACAAAAGUUGGACCUCAACUUUGUUCGUUGAAUAAUAAUAUUACCAUUCCGAUUUUAGAAUCAACGAAUUUGAAUAUUCUUGGAUUAAUUAGAUUUGAGUUUUUAAGAGUAUUGCCUUUUAAACAUCACGCAAUGAACAUUGCUCGUUCAGAUACUUAUUGGAAACAGUUGGUUUCAACAAGAGUUAUUGGGCAUCGAGGCUUGGGCAAAAAUGAAAGUGGGAGACAAUCAUUGCAAUUGGGUGAGAAUACCGUAGAAUCGUUUAUUGCUGCUGCAUCAUUAGGCGCUUCUUAUGUUGAGUUUGACGUUCAAUUAACCAAAGAUUUUGUACCUGUUGUGUAUCAUGAUUUUACCGUUGCAGAGCUGGGGGUUGACAUACCUAUGCAUUUAUUGACACUUGAGCAAUUUCUUGGAUUGAACAGGAUUAGAGGAAAGUCCCAACAUUCGGUUGACGAUGAAGAAUUGAUCAGAAUUAAGCCAAGAGCAAAGUCUUCUUUCCAGUUAAAUCCUCAAGGAAAACAUUAUGAUGAUUUGGUAGAUAAACAAUUUGAGAGUCAAAUCAAUGAACGAAUGAAAUUAACACAAACAUGGAAGAACAAAGGAUUCAAGGGGAACGCAAGAGGAACAUCAAUUGCAUCCAAUUUUGUUACUCUCAAGGAUUUAUUUAAGAAGCUACCACCAAAUGUUGGUUUCAAUAUCGAGUUGAAGUAUCCCAUGUUAGAUGAAGCUCAGCUGGAAAGCAUGGGAGAAUUGGCCAUUGAUUUGAACUUGUAUUUGGACACCAUUCUUAAGGUGAUUUACGAUGAAAAUCUGAAUGGUCGCCAUAUAGUUUUCUCGUCGUUCCAUCCUGAUGUUUGUUUGCUUCUUUCUUUAAAGCAACCAACGAUGCCUAUUUUGUUCCUUACUGAAGCAGGAACUACACCAAUGGCAGAUAUUCGUGCUUCGUCUUUACAAAACGCCAUAAGAUUUGCAAAGAAAUGGAAUUUGUUGGGAAUUGUUUCCGCAGCACAAACAAUAGUGAAAACACCUAGACUAGCUCAAGUUGUUAAACUGCUGGGUUUGGUCUGUGUUACUUAUGGUGUAGAAAACAAUGAGCCUGAACUGGCCAAAUUGCAGAUGCGAGCUGGGGUUGAUGCUGUUAUUGUUGAUAGUGUGCUUGCUGUUAGAGAAGGAUUAAGAGAGCACAAUAAUUCCGUUAAAGAGUUUGAAGAUUCUGGAAGUGGUGGGGACUAA